ACCAAACGCGGCCUUACUGAUCGGAGCCCCAAAGUCCUUCUCCCUCUUCCUCAGCAAAUCAUCUUCACCGCACACCUGUCUCCGGCCACAUACCCUCUUUCCUUCAUCUUCAACCUAUUUCCAUAUACAUACACACUCGCUUAUAUAUAGCGAAAUCAACAACCCUCAUCUAAACUAUCUCCACACGCCCUCCUCCUCCGUGUACCUCACUGACCAAACAAGCAUGGCCGCAAUGGGUAGUUCAUCCUCACGCGCUACGACUGCGCUUGGGAAAUCGAGUCCCAACGCGCUGUAGAGAGAUUUUAACCUAAUCGCCGCAGAUCUCUCUGCGAAUUCGAACCACCAUUCGUUAGGGUUCAAGUUCUUCAAUCUCUCGGGCGAAAAUGGAACCUAUGGACAUCGUUGGGAAGACAAAGGAGGAUGCUUCGCUUCCGAAAGCAACCAUGACCAAGAUCAUUAAGGAGAUGUUGCCUCCAGAUGUUCGUGUUGCAAGAGAUGCUCAAGAUCUCUUAAUUGAGUGUUGUGUUGAGUUUAUAAACCUUAUUUCAUCGGAGUCCAAUGAAGUCUGUAGCAGAGAAGAAAAAAGAACAAUUGCACCAGAGCAUGUACUCAAGGCUUUAAAGGUUCUCGGUUUCGGGGAAUAUAUUGAAGAGGUUUAUGCUGCAUAUGAACAACACAAGCUCGAGACUAUGCAGGACACACUAAAAAGUGGGAAGUGGAACAAUGGAGCCGAAAUGACAGAGGAAGAAGCAUUGGCCGAGCAGCAAAGGAUGUUUGCAGAGGCCCGGGCAAGAAUGAAUGGUGGGGCCACGACCCCAAAACAACCUGGCCCCGAGGCCAUCAUCCCCAAACAACCCCAACACGAGGCCGAGGCCAAGCCCAAGCCUGAGCCUGAGCACGAGGCCAAGCCUGAGCCUGAGCCUGAGCCUGAGGCCAAGCUCGAGCCAACUGUGAAUAGCUAGCUAGCUGUAGGAACCACCCUUUUUGUCUUGAACCAUAGGCAAGCAUCUUUAUCUCCAUCUAUUCUCCAUAUGUGCUCUCUCUCUUAUUUAUGUACAAAAAGCCCUUUUGCUUAGUGUACUGAAAUAUUCUAGAUUCAAGUUUAUUUGUAGUUUUAUGAAUUAUUACGUCUAUAAGUAUGUUGUAAUUAGUGAGAGUUUGUUCAAAUUUGCUUCUCUUUCACAAUGUUAUGUCCACCACUUUAGUGUCGCUUUGAAUAACCAACCUAAAAUUGUCAAGACCCGGAUUCUCUUGUACCAAAAUCUGUCGACUCUGUCAAUGUACUUUUAGCCCCAUGAUAUGAUAGAAUCUUGAGACUAUUGUGUGACUAGAGUGCAUUAGACGGAGGGAUCAAAAAAUUUGGGUAGAAAGUCUCUUGUUGGGGUAGUAGGGAUCAUGACAAGGGCUGAACACAAAUCACUUAGUAUUUUUGCACUUGUAGUAGAGAGGUUGACUAUUUUUGUAUUUUAUUUGCAAUGUCUAGUGAAAUCUUUGUAAUUGUGGAUGUAAUUUUAAUUUUAGAAUAAAUUUUAUAAAUCUUGUAUUAUUAUUUCAUGUUAUUUAUAAUUCUUAUUUAUUUGCUC